GUGGAGCCAUCAAAGAAGGACCACACACUGCCAGUGCUCCCCCCCUUCACAGUGCAGAACGACACGCCCGACACGCUCACCAUGCGCCGCAUGGACCGCAUGCUGCAUCCCUUCGCCAUGCCGCCCGAGGACUUCCCGCCGCCCGUGCAGCCACAGGGCUUCUCCGGCCUCUUCCUCAAGGGCACUGUCUUCGAGCGCAUCCCCUGGAAAGGAGGGGUAGGGGGCAGUGGAGGCCGCGGGGCAGAGGAGGGUGCGUUGGUGAGUGCGGUGGGUGGUGAAGGGGAGGCUGCAGUGGGUGGUGCAGUGGAGGGUGCGGGUGGUGCAGUGGAGGGUGUGGGUGGUGCAGUGGAGGGUGCGGGUGGUGCAGUGGAGGGUGGGUGUAGACAGUGA